AACCGCCUGGCUUGUGUGACCAUACAGACCCAACAGUUCCCUCUCCCCACGGGAGAAGAGAUGACAAAAGAGACAACUUGAACUAUUAUGCACAAUCUUCUCUCUCAAUUCUCAAACACCCGUUUCCCGAUCUGUCCUUCGGCUCCCUGCUGCAUUGCAGGUUGCAUCGCUUCCUUACGAUGGCGUUCUCAAAAGAAGCAAUAUACAACAAUUAUGAGACCUUGGAGUCCGAUUCUUCGGUAAGAUUCCCCAUCGGUCACCUCUCACCAUGAACCUUUAGCAUAUUUCACAACAAUGUGAUCGAAUGAAAAUGAGAGGUCAGACAUGUAAUAUGGAAGUGAUCCUGCAAAAGGGGGACGAUCGCCGUUGAGUCCUGAUCUCUUUCUUUGUCAAAAUUAUCUACUCGUCGAGAAUGUGUGACUAUUUCUUUGUCGAGUUUCGGUGCCAACAUCAUGCUUGGAUUGUUCGAAAGUGGUGCCCAAAAUACGAAAGAUCACAAAGGCCAUGUACACCUAAUAUUGUUGAUCCUCCAGAAUUUUGGGGCCAUAAGAUGUGUUCCAAAUGUCAACCUCCAGGACAAUUGGCAGAAGCAGUGAGGAGACAUUAUAGUGUUACGAGAUGGAGCUAGAAUAGAUUGUUCAGGGAAGCUCAAGGGCCUCGUCGUCACGUUUUGAUCAAAAAUCAUUUUCUCAUCGCGGCUUGGCAACCAAGUAGACUCAAAUAUCUGAUCGUCUGAGAUUGGCAACGUCUAGCACGAUUAUCUGGCGAAUGGCGCAAACUUGAGAGCUUUACCCUUACUAGAAGC